AUGAGUCGCGUUGUGUUUGUCGGCAAUAUACCUUAUAAUUUUGCAGAGGAACAACUCGUCCAGAUCUUCAGUAGUGUAGGCACCGUCACUGGUUUCCGGCUGGUGUUUGAUAGAGAAACCGGAAAACCCAAAGGUUACGGCUUUUGCGAAUACCUGGACCACGAAACAGCACAAUCUGCCGUACGAAACCUCAACGGCAAGGAAGUUGGAGGUCGUCCAUUGAGAAUAGAUCUUGCAGACUCUGUUCCUCAUCUCGAAGGUCGCACCACAUCACUGGGUGAACUACUCGACGAUGAGAGGAACCGUCCACCUUCUCCUGUAGAGGUGAUGCUCAACAGUCUACCGCCUGGCAUCCCAGUACCUCCCGGAAAAUCAUCAUUAGACAUGAUCACCGAUACAGUUGUCGGAGUCGGUCAAGGCGCACUUUUCGAGACAGUCUUUGAGCUUAAGGCUUUCAUUUCCCAGCAGCCGGAACUUGCCAGAGCACUCUUGGCGGCAAAUCCCCAGCUAGCUUCUGCUCUCAUACAGGGACUUAUCAUUCAUAAUGUCCUUGAUGGCGGUGUGAUCACAAGAAUCACAGAAGUAGCCCCACGACCUCCCGCUCCUCCUGCUCCUUCCAUGCAACCUGCUCCUCCUGCACCAUGGCCUCCUAGUUAUAAUAGUUUCCCACCGGCGGCAGCUCUAGCGCAACCAACACCAGCACCUCCGGCACCCACCACCGUAGUCAAUUCCGCACUUGACCCUCAACAACAGGCCAUACUUUUGCAGGUCUUAAAAAUGACUCCUGAGCAAAUCAAUGCUAUGCCGGCAGGUGAGAGGGAGGCAAUUCUGCAACUGCGCAAGCAACUUCUUCCAGGCUCAUAA